AUGAAGUCUGAUUUUGGAUCAAAGCGCAAAGCCAGAAAAAUACAAGUUGACGACGAAGAAGACGAGCCAGGCGCAAGAGAACCCCAACCACCAAAAGACUCUGGUAAGUACUCCAAAGCUACAACUACAGCUUUAAACCCCGCUGAUUACAAGAAGUCAGCUAACCGCGGACCUUUAGCCCCUACUAUAUCCAAUGCGUCAUCUUCCAAUCGAAAGGGAUUCAAGAAAUCGAGUUUGCGACAAAGUAUCGCAUUUGAUGAUGACGGCGACGAAGAGACGGGCAGUAGUGGAAACAAUGGUACGAAUAAACCCUCGAUCGGCCGCUCAAACUCUUUGAUGAGGAAGAAAAAGGCCGCUUCUUCUCGGCUAUCCUUUGGACCUGGUGAGAUAAUUUCUGGGGACGCAGCGGAGGCUUUAGAGGAUGAUGAGGCUUUUACACCUAAGAAGGCAACAUUGGGACGACGAGUCAUUGAGGGAAACGCGUUUCGGAAGUCACUUCCAUAUCCAGCACGAAGCGGCGACGAUGAUGAGGAGAGACCGACGUAUAGCAAGGACUAUUUAAAUGAGUUGAAGAGCUCCACACCCAAUAGGCCUGUUGAAUUACAAGAUAUACAAGCCACAGUUCGAGAUGAAGAGUGCCUGGAUGCAAGCGAAUUGGAGGGAGCAAUGAUUGUAGAUUUGGAAACAGUCGCGCCCGCGCAUAUACCCACCGAAGCAGAGAUCAGGGAGAAGAAAGAAAGAAGAGCAAGGUUAGCUCAGGAGAAGGAUUUCAUAUCAUUCGAUGAUGUGGAUAAUGAUGAUCGACGCCAACUAUCACUACUUCCACGAAAGAAAAAACCAGAAAGUCGCCUAGUGAGGGAUGAUGAAGAUGAGGCAGAAGGCUUUGACGAAUUCGUCAACGAUGGUCGAGUAUCACUUGGUAAAAAACAAGAACGCGAGGCCAAACGGCAACAUCGCAAAGAGAUUGCGGAUAUGAUCGCCAAGGCUGAAAGGAGCUCUGAUGGGGACUCGGAUGAUUCUGAAGAAGAGCGAAACGCGGCAUAUGAAGCUGCACAGACCCGAGCCGGUAUGGACGGCCUCCAUAAACCAGAUGACGAUGAAGCUGCCGCCGCUACACAAGUGCCGUCUAAGAUCACUCCACUGCCGGUUUUAUCUGAAUGUUUGGCCCGGUUGCAAUCCACCCUGAGUUCGAUGCAGCAAGAACUAGCUCGGAGGACCAAGAAAGUUGCGGAUUUGGAAAAGGAGAAAUCUGAAAUAUUAGCGAGGGAGACCGAGGUUCAGGAACUGUUGAAACAGUCUGGUGAAAGGUUUGCUGCAUUAAAGGCAGACUCCAACGGAGCUAUUGCAGACCCGAAGACUUUGGCGGAGUCUUUGAAGAAGGAUGCACUCAUGGAAGGCAUGGGAAGUGACAGAGGAUUAGAAAGUUUUGGGAAUACCCCAACUGUAAGACCAGCCAUUGAAGAUAUCGGCUAG